AAGGAAAAUGCCAAGGUAUUAUAUGGCUAGCAGUGGUAGCAAGAUUAUGGAUUCCAAGAGAGAGGAUUACAAAAAGAAAUCCAUCGACACCGGGUCUCGAACGAAUAUUGGUAAAAAAUCCAGCAGUGACAACCAGAAACCCAGCACAAGCAGAAAAGAGUUUACAGAGAGUGCAAAUGUAAAGACAGGAAAUGAAACUCGCCAAAGUUUUGUGGAAUUCCGAAAGCAAGGAAUACCCUUCUUGGUGCCAUCGGCCAUACAGCUCGCCGGCAGGCAAAGAAUGAAGCCUUCAGAUGCAAUUCUGACCCCUAAAGAGGUGCUGGACUGCAGCUAUCUAAGGCUUUCUGAAGCUAAGAUAAAAGAAUUAGAACAGGCGUGCAGAGACAGAGGUACGGAUCCAGGAAUACACAAGCACAUGUCCUUCGAUGAACUGAAUAAGGUAGAAAUAUUUGAAAAAGCAUCAGCAGACGACAACCCUGCAGAGAGGAAAGGUUCCCGGCACCGUGGCGUCAAUGUAGACCAGAGAGGCAAAUUAUAAAGCUAAUAAAAACCGUAAAACCAAAGU